AUGCCUCCCAAACGUAUGACCGCGAAUCCCGUCAAGGCACCCCGCUAUCGCCCUGGGAAAGCAGUUCAAGAAGAAAAUUCCUCCUCCGAAGACUCAGACGACGAAGCACCCGCACCCCCCACCACAAAAGCACCUCCCAAAGCAUCCACAGCAGCAGGUAUAACCAGCAAUCUCAAUAAAGUCGACCUCGCCGCAGGCCGUAAACUUGCCGCCGCGAAAGAAGCUUCUCGCAUCGCGGAAGAAAAAGCCCUAAAAGAAAAAGAAGAAGAAGGCUUCGUGACUGAAAGCGAAGAAGAGGGCGCGAGCGGUAGUGGUAGCGGAGAGGAGAGUAGUAGCGGCGAAGAAGAAAGCAGUGAAGAAGAAGCGCCUCGACGCCUCUUGAUACGACCAAAAUUCAUCAAGAAGCAAAACCGCGCCGCGGUGCCCGAGCAGAAAACCGAAGAAGAGUUAUACGAGGCCGAAGAAGCUAGGAAGAGACAGCUCGCGGAUGAGAUAGUAGAAGAGCAGAUUGCGCGGGAUAUAGCGGCUAAGCAGGCGGGGAAGAAGAAUUGGGAUGAUGAUGAUGAUGAGGAGGGGGAUGAGGUUGAUGACACAGAUGAUGUUGAUCCGGAGGCUGAGUAUGCGGCAUGGAAACUUAGGGAGCUGAAGAGGAUUAAGAGGGAGAGGGUCAAGAUUGAGGAGCGCGAAAAGGAGCUCGAGGAAGUGGAGAGACGGAAGAAUUUAAGUGAAGAGGAGAGGAAAGCGGAGGAUGACGAGUUUUUGAAAGGGCAGAAGGAGGAGAAGGACGGCAAGGGGAAGAUGGGGUUCAUGCAGAAGUAUUAUCAUAAGGGUGCCUUCUUCCAGGACGACGCAAAAGCGGAGGGGCUCGAUCGUAGGGAUAUUAUGGGAUCCAGAUUUGCGGAUGAUGUGCAGAAUCGGGAACUGUUGCCACAGGCGUUGCAGAUGAGGGAUAUGACGAAAUUAGGAAAGAAGGGCGCCACGAAGUAUAGGGAUUUGAAGUCUGAGGAUACGGGAAGAUGGGGUGAUUUUGAUGAUAGGAAAAAGGGAGGGAGGGGCGGCUUUGGAGGAGGCUUCGGUGGUGAUGAAAGAUAUGCACCUGAUCGAGAUCGGGGAGGUGCUGAAAGAAGCGGUGCGAAUUCCAUGCCCGUUGGUGACCGCAAGAGGGAGCAAGUAGUCGGCACACCUGAUGGUCCGAGAGCCAUGCGUGAAGGUGGCGACAGGGAACAGAGAGAUGGCGGUAGUGAUACAUAUCGUCCUAGCAGACGUUCACGAUCGAGAUCUAGGUCACCGAGACGGGAUAGGGACCGGUAUCAAGAUGACAGACGGCGGAAGAGGAGUACGUCGAGGGAUAUGGACCGGUAUGAGGGUGACAAGAGGCGGCGAGUAGACUCUAGAUAG